AUGACGUCUCCUACCAGUGAAAGAAGGGAAUCAAUGGAAAAUCUUUCUCCAACUACAUCAAACGAUGUAAAUGCUGCAAAGACAACCAAUAAUAGCAUUUUCUCAGGUGCUACAUCAAAUAAUACAAGCAGACCAAUAGAACGUCCAGAAGUCCUGAGAAGAACAACCUUCGAUUACGAUUUUGUUGCAAAGAGUGUCUUGUCGCCUCCACAAAUUCUGGAAAAUUUGGCAAAAUUGAAAUUGAAUUCAUCAUUACCAGUUGGCUCCUCAUUUUCAGUUUCACAAAACCCAUCGGCAUUGAAUUUAAACUAUGAAUUAAGUCCUGACAAUGGUAUUGAGCCAUCAAGAAUAAUAAAGCCACCCUCGCGUAUUAGUAUACCAAGCGAUGGCGUCAAUGGUUACUUCACUGACCCAACAUCGAGCCCUGACGCGUAUGAAGAUGAAAAAAGAUCAGGCAUUAAUCCAAAUCAAAGCAUCACCACCUUAUUCGAUGAUGACCAAGAUUUAAACUCAUUAAGCUCGUCUCAUGCACUUACAAUGGACGAAGAGAGUUCCUCGCUUUCACUGGAAACACGAGAAAAUGUAGUGUUGGGUAAAUCAUCCUAUUUGAAUAAUGUCAACUAUAUCAGAGAUCAUUUGGAUUUUUUAAAUCAAAACUUGAAUACCCACAAAUCCCCAAGAAAUUCAGAUUCCAAGUAUCGGGAUUUUUCCAAUAUGCUACCAGAUACAAUACCCGGUUAUAACUUAGUUAGACAGUUUGGGAACUCCAGUUAUCAAACUAACUUAUUGUUUCAUGGGUUGAAAGUGGGGGGCACCAACGAUAUCCACAAUGAUAACUUUACUUGCAAUUUGGCUAGUAAUAGAAAGGACUUUGUCGAGAUUAACUCAAAGGUUGUGUUGAGUAUAUCUCCUAAUAUUUUAAAGAAUUUAUCGCUUUCAAGACUACUCAAUGAAUGGUAUGUUUUAUCGGGCACCAACCCCCCAAAGACGCAUCUAUUAUGGUCGAAUGAAACUUUGACCAAUGAGUUUGUUACCGACACUAAACGGCCAAAACUACAAACGGAUAAAAAAUACGGGCUUAGUACUUUGCCACUAGGAAUUCCGGGUAUUUUGUAUCCAAUGGAAAUUUUAACGUUUAGCUUCAUAAGUCAACAAGACAUCGAUUUAUUAGAAAAAAAGCAUAAGAAACAAAAACGAGUCGCUUUGGUGUACAACGAUAAUGACUACAAGACGUUCCGUGACUAUAGCUGUGGUGCCUCUGAAGUUCAUCCAGAGAGAAACAAUUCCAUCUCAUCUAAUGGCUCAGGUAUCCGUUCAAUAAAAAGCGGGAAUUCCACUACACAAAACACACCUAGUGAGUCCAUUGACCAAUCAAAUGGCUUUUUUAACGGCAUAGGUCCAAUUGGUGCAACCAGUUCGACAAAUUCGUUGUUUAACAAAUUGACCGAGCAAGUUACAAGCAGUCCCAAGACCCCUUUAAAAGUAAUUGAAAUAAUUUCUGAUUUGAUAAAAGUUAUCGAAACUUUGGGCGUGGUACAUGAACUCGGGUUUGUUCAUAAUGGUAUUACCAGUAUGAACUUGUUGAAAUCUGAAACUGACCAGAAUGAUAUCAGGAUCACUGGCUGGGAGUUUGCCUUUUCUCACCUUGAAGACUGUAUAUACGGUUACAGAAAAAACCAUUUGAACGAAAUAUCGGACUUGAUUCCAUAUAUGGCCCCAGAAGUGUCGGGUGUUGUUAAUCAGAUGGUGGACCACCGAUCAGAUUUUUACUCCAUUGGUAUUGUGAUGUAUGAAUUGCUAUUGGGAACUUUACCGUUCCAAAGCGAGGAUCCAAAUUCAAUUGUACGCAUGCACAUUUUUCAAAAGCCAGUUGCUCCUCACUUGUUGGCACCUAGUUGGAUCUCAGAGAAACUUAGUUCCACCAUUAUGAGGUGUCUUGAGAAGAAUCCACUGGAUAGAUACACCGACUGCUAUUCGUUAUUAAGCGAUUUGAUACUAAUCAAAAACCACUACAUCGAUAGAGUUGGUUCUUUGGGGGAGCUAGUAUGGAACCAUUGGAAAAAGACGGGUGAUUUUGAUAUCUAUCUCAAUAAGGAAAAGAUGAAACAUCCAGAAAAAGUUGGCCACAGUCCAAUAUUUACUUGUCCAGCCAAGUUCAUAGGUCGUGAUGAAUUAUACAAGAGCAUCUUUGAGGAAUACAACAAUACAUUUGACGGCGGUGUCAAUUUGUUUUGGUUGAGUGGUAAAAGCGGUGUUGGCAAGACCAUUAUUUUGAAUGAUAUGCGUGUAGGGGCUUUUUUCAAAUAUGACUUUUAUUGCAUUUGGAAGUUCUCUUGCUCGGAUACAGGCAGCUCAAUAUAUUCAAUACUUUUGGAAGGUAUUAAAACAAUUAUUGGACAGAUUUUGGAAUGUUCCGAGGAGAUACAGGAUAGCUGGCGUGACUUGAUUGUCACUAAUAUACCCUUGGAUUUGAGCAUAUUGUUUUAUCUUAUUCCCCAAUUGCGAAAGCUAUUGGGUCAAAAAUAUAUUUCCAUAUAUCAACAUAAGCUGGGAACAAACUCACCAGGGGGUGCGAUCAAAGAAGAAGCAACGUCAACAUUGGAAGUCAAAUUUAGGGCGAUUAUAAAGUCAUUUUACAAAGUGGUUGGUUUGCAAGGCUUGACAAUUUUUAUCGAUGACCUGCAUUGGUGCACUGAGGAGUCGUGGCGAAUAUUAUGUGACAUAUUGAAUUUUGACGACGAGGCUGAUAUCAGCGAUAUGUGCUUAAAGGUUGUUACCACGUUUACGACAGAUGCUGACCAGUUUCAAGAAAAAAUUGAUAGUGUGGAGAAGGAAAAAAGGUUCAAGGACUAUGCCAAUAGAUCCAGCUUGUCGCUACAUAUUUACAAUAUACCAGAAGUACCUGCAGAUGCAUAUAAAAGUUGGAUUCUGCAGGUGAUUGGUGCAAACACGUCGUCAGCAAAGCAUGGCGGGCACUCGCCACCAGAACAAAGCAGCAUGUCGUCGAUGAUUAACAAGACCACAACUGAGAAGAAGCACCAAAAGCCCCUGAGAGCAAACAAUGACGCAAAUAUCAAUGCUCGAAACUUUUACGAAGCAACAAUGGGAAAUAUUAUGUUGGCUCAGUAUGCGAUAUGUAUGGCAAGGUUUUCACAGCAUUGCUAUUACGUCGGCCAUGUAAAUUAUGGCCGUUUUGUCGUUGAUAAUUUAUCUCCGCAAAAUUAUGGAAUGAACAGGAACGAAGUAAUUGAGAAUUUUAUGUCCGCGUCGAUCAAUCCAGAUGUCAAAAGCUUAGUCGAAUUUGCGGCAAUCAUUUCGCAGGGGCCAGGCUUCCAUCUAUCUGACUUGAUAGUUGCAUCUGCUUUACCGAUAGACAAAGUUUUCAAAGCUUUAUCAGUAAUGGUUGACUCGAAGCUACUUUUACCAACAACAACAUACUAUAAGGUUCCGUUUGACUUGCUCUCCUCAAAUGAAUCACCAUUUGAUUUAUCAGAUAAUGAUAUCUGGGAGUUAGCAUCACAUUGCAGCUAUAGGUUCUUUUAUGAUUCUAUAGUGGUCCAUGUUAUCGCCGAUUUGGUUGCCACGGACAGAUACAAGGAAUUAUCAAGACUUUGUGCCUUGAGAUAUUACAAGACCGUAAGUAAGGAAAAGACUUUAAACAUUGGGGGAUAUUUACAAAUGGCGGGGUACUUUCGCAACUCUUAUCAAGUUGCAAGACUGGAGGAAAAGGAGUUGUACAUUGAGGUUUUGGUCCAAGCCGGAAGGUAUGCAUCAUCAACUUACAACAUGAAGUUAGCUCAAAAGUUGUUUGAGGUCGUUGGCGAAUUAGUUGACGAUCUUGACUCAAAACGUCAACUUAAAUCAAUAUUGACUGUAUCACAAAAUCAUUACUACUUCGGAGAGUAUGAUAAAUGCUUGGAAGUAAUGAACACAGCCCAAGAAAAAUAUGGAUUUGACCGGAUUGUUUUUCUAUACCAAUUGGUUCGUUGCAAAAUUCAAAUGGGCCAAAUUGAAGAAGCAAUUAAAAUAAGUUUUGAGAGUUUACCCAAGCUUGGAAUCACAAUUAGUGCCGACGAGGAGCAGAAUAUCAAAGACUAUGAAAAACUAAAGUCAAAGAUACCAAUAUCGAUUCCCGAGAUUAGAAAUAUCUUGAGGGCUAAAACAACCGAAUCGCCAAAACUUUUGCUCAUUUACCACUUGAUAAGUCAACUUUUGCCGUCUUUGAUCAUAUUUAAAAAGAAUGCCAGUAGAAGGCUUUUAGUUGUGCAAGCAAUGCAUGCUAUCUACAAACAUGGGCCUUCGCCAUUUGCGGCUAUGAUUAUAUGUGACUUUGGUUCUGAUUUUGCCAGUCAGUUCACAUCCUCGGGUCAAUUAAGAGCCAAAGAACUUUGUAAAGUUGGUAUGAUUUUGGUUAAUCGAGCUAGCAAUGUCUCAAUUAAUUACUAUCGCGAAAUGUAUGAAUGCUAUGUUUGCACAUUGGCUGUUUACUUUGAACCAAUGCUGGUGGUUCUUAAAUAUUUUGAAACAAGCUCAGAAAGUACCCAAAAUGAUUUGCUUCUGGGAUUUGGAGAAUUGCGUAUAGUUUUGGCCACGGCAAAGACAUUCGUACUCCUCCUAGGUGGAAAAGCUUAUGAUAUCUCGUAUCUGAUAAAGAGAAGGAAGUCUCAGAGGCAAAAAUUUGACUUACUGGAUGAUCAAGAGUUUAUUUUUGACUCUGAGGAUUGUGUUUUUGGGUGUCUAUCUGUUGAUGAGUAUAAGGCACGCCAUGAAGCAAAAAUCUUGAACGAAGAUAAUUUGAGCCAACUUUGCUACUUUGUUGUGUUGUUGAAUGGGUUUAUGGUGGAUAGGAGGUAUGACGAAGGUGUUGACUUGAUUUUGAACAAAUCUCAUGAAGCUGUCGAAUCAUUCCCACUUUUAUUUUAUACAAAUCAUUACUAUUACGUGUCCGCUGUUCUCAUCACCUUUUCUUCGAAAGGAGACGCAAAGCUGGAAGAAAGAAAGACAGCCAUUUUUAAUGAUAUUUACCUCCGCAUGAAGUUGUGGGCAUCGACAAAUGAACAAAUGUUUGCGAAUAGAGUCGUUUUCUUACUGGCUUUGAAAGCAAUUAGAGAAAGCACUGUUGAUCUGUUGGAUAUUCUUGACAUUUUUGAGGAAGCUAUUGAGCAAGGUGUAAAAGUGCAAAACUGGUAUGACGUAUCCUGGAUUAGUGUGUUUUGUGCUAGGUGGUUGGUAAGUUGUAAUAAGAGCAAAAGAAGAAUUGGUGAAUUAGUCAAACGGGCAAUUGACAUCAUGAGGAAAUUGGAUUUCCAUGAAUUUGUAAAACAAUUAGAGGACGAAUUUGAAAAAUAUCUCGAGCAGGAUUGGUCCAUGUCUAAUUGGGCCGGAAUUUACAAAACUAAGCAUCAGGAAGAAAGGACAAGGUAUUCAAAAACAAUACCUUCCAAUCUACCGAUCAGCACCGAUGAUGCCGUCAGCGAUGAUAUGAAAUCACAAAUGAAAUUGAAUAGAAAAUCAAGAAAGGCUAGACAUCGGACCGAUAAAAGCUCAAAUACCAACAAUGCUUAUGAUUUGAAUUCAACAAUACAGGCUUGUUUGGGAAUAUCUGAGGCAAGUGAUGAGAGGACCAUUUUGAUUGAAUUGUUGACUUGCGCUAUCAAAUUUGCUGAAGUUGACUAUGGUGUUGUUGUGUAUAUGAACGGAGAGCCAAAAAUCCAGGCUGUUGGCUCAGCUCAACACAUAUAUAGCUUGAAUGAAGAGCCCUUGAGUUCACGAAUUGAUGUUUGUCCUUAUCAAUUGUUGGUGCACGUUUUAGAAUCGGGAGAAACUAUCAACAAGGAGGACGAUCAUAUUGCCUUUACCAAUCGAUUCGGAAAAGAUCCCUACUACAAUUACAAUUCUUGCUCCACAAUCUUGUGUAUUGCUUUGAAGAACCAAUUUGGAGUUUUUGGUGCAUUGUAUUUGGAAGUGGAUUCGAGAAAGGAUAAGAAGAAGGCGAUUUUUGAUGGUCGGAAGCGUGAUUUACUAAACUUGUUUUGUACGCAAGCAUCUGUGGCAAUGGGUAAAGCAAGGUUGAUUUCACAAAUGGAAGUUGCCAAAAUGGCGGCCGAGGAUGCUACAGCAGAAAAGGCAAGUUUCUUGGCUAAUAUGUCUCAUGAAAUUAGAACGCCAUUCAAUUCACUAUUAUCGUGCUCAAUAUUUUUGUUGGAUACAACCUUGAACUCAACUCAGAGAGAGUAUGUGGAAGCCAUCAAGAGCUCAGCAAUGGUAACGUUGAAUAUCAUUGAUGGCAUAUUGGCAUUUUCAAAAAUUGAACAUGGUUCAUUUACGUUGGAAAAUUCUCCAUUUUCACUUAACGAUUGUAUUGAAAGUGCUAUACAAUUGGGAGGAGAACAAGUUGUUGAUAACGAUUUGGAAUUGGUGUUUUUCAACAAUUGUCCCCAGAUUAAUACCGUCACCGGUGAUGUUACACGUGUAAGGCAAAUUAUUAUCAACUUGGUUGGUAACGCUAUGAAAUUCACGACUCAUGGCCACAUCAUUAUCAAUUGCAAUGCACUGGAGUUAACUUCCGAUAGAUAUGAAGUUACUAUAUCGGUGGAAGACACUGGUAUUGGUAUUCCAGAACUAUCACAAAAGAAAGUGUUUGGGGCUUUUUCACAAGUGGAUGGCUCAUCACGACGCGAGUUUGGUGGAUCUGGUUUAGGUUUAGCUAUAUCGAAAAAAUUGGCCGAUAUAAUGGGUGGUGAUAUUAGAUUUGAGAGUCAGGAAGGUGUUGGAAGUACUUUCUAUUUUAACGUUAGUUUCAUCGUGCUGUUGUUUGAUAAACCAGAGAUUGAAUUGUCAGGCAAAUCAGCAUUGAUCUUGAAUAAAUUGGAUUUAACUGGUGCUUCAUUGAAGAAUAUGAUCACAUUUUUCGAACUAUCGGUGGACGAUGUCCGCGAUGCCAAUGAAGUGAAAGAUGUUGGGAAAUACGAUUACUUGUUUAUCAAUUUGGACGAGUAUGAUGAAUUCCGCCAUUUUGAACCUGAAUUGAAACCAGGUGCCAAAGUGGUCAUCUUGGCCCAAUUUGGUAAACCAUUGACAGGUGAAAGUGCCAAAUACGAAGCGCUAUUAUGUCCUUUCCAACGUGAGCGGGUAGUGAGAUUACUUAGAGAUGUUAAACAUGAAGCAAAACCCAAUGUCAUAACACCGGCCCAAUUGGCUGAUGAAUAUCUGUUGAGAAUUCUUCUUGCUGAAGAUAAUUUACUAAAUUAUAAAGUUGCGUUGAAAUAUUUAGAAAAAUUGGGAUUUCAAGCCGACCAUGCCAAAGAUGGAGUUGAAGUCUUGGAAAAGUGUGAUUCCUUAUUGGAAAAAGAUGAAAAAUAUGACGUGGUAUUAAUGGAUAUUCAAAUGCCUACCAAGGAUGGUAUUACUGCCACGAAAGAAUUGAUUGAUAAAUAUGUCAAGUUGAACAAGCAAGAUUAUAUUCCUAAGAUUGUUGCCUUGACGGCAAAUGUUGCCGGUGAUGAUCGCGAAAAGUGUAUUGAAUGUGGUAUGGUUGAUUUCAUAUCCAAACCAAUCUUGCCUAAUGAAUUGAAACGAGUGUUGAAGCGCUUGGGAGAAAUGAUAGAGCAAGAGAAGAAGAAGAAGUAG